CUGAAGGAAAAAAACAUGCUUUUAACUUUAGAGCAAGAAUCGAAAUGACAACUCAGGCCUAUGCCAAGUCCAGAACGAUUAGAAGAGGUAGAAAAAUCUAUGAAAAAUAUUGAUUUGGUUGUCAAAGAAAGAGAAAUUGCUUUGAGGCUUUUACAAACUGGCCAUGAAAAGCCAGUACCUAGAGUGAAACAUGACUUUUUGGGACGCCCCUACCGGUACACUUACAAGGAAUGGCCAAUACCGUGGUACUUGAACAAAAAACACAAAAAGAGGAAAUUCUAUUACUUACCUCAUGUGAACCGCUUCAUCAGGCUCAGACUUGAAAAAUCUUUACGUAUCAGGGCAAGGCGGCAAAACCUUGAGAGGACAAGGCAGAAGGUCCUGGAAAGGAAGUUCCCUCACCUCGCCGCAAAAUCUCAGAGCCAGUAACAUGCUGGAGGCACGCUGCAAGCAACUGGUCAAGUAUCUUGGUGACUGGGACAUGAA